AUUUUUCUGGCUCACAAGUCAACAAGUUUCUGGAGGGAGUAGAAAGGAGAAAGCAGUGCUUGCCCUGUUUCUCUCCUCCAUAACAAUGGCCAUGUCUACCGCUACCUCUCCCUUCCUUCGUCCUCUGCAUCAAGUACAAUUACUCAAAUGCCCUCUCCUUUCUUCUAAAUCCCAGUUUCGCCCUCGCUCCCAAACCCAAAGAACCAUUCGUGCUAGCUCCGCAGUUGCUUUGGAACCGGAUUUAUGUACACAGCAGGAUCAAGCAAGAGAAGUGGAUAUCUUCGCUUGCCCAGUGUGUUAUGAACCAUUGAUAAGAAAAGGUCCUUCUGGCCUUAACUUAUCAGCAAUCUACAGGUCUGGUUUCAAGUGUCAGAGAUGUAAGAAGUCAUACACUAGCAAAGACACGUAUCUGGAUCUGACUGUAACUGCUGGAUUGAGAGAUUACACUGAAAUCCAACCAGCUCGGACUGAGCUUUUCAGGAGUCCUCUUGUUUCAUUCUUAUAUGAAAGAGGUUGGCGUCAGAAUUUCAGGCAAAGUGGCUUUCCUGGUCCUGAUGAAGAGUUCAAAAUGGCUCAAGAAUUCUUUGAGCCUGCUAAAGGUGGACUUCUUGUUGAUGUUAGCUGUGGUAGUGGUUUAUUUUCCCGAAAAUUCGCCAAAUCUGGAGCCUAUUCUGGAGUUGUUGCACUAGAUUUUUCUGAAAAUAUGCUUCGCCAGUGUUUUGAUUUCAUUCAGAAAGAUGGCACACUUUCAACCACUAAUAUUGCUCUUGUAAGGGCAGAUGUUUCUAGGCUUCCCUUCUCAUCAGGUUCGGUUGAUGCUGUUCAUGCUGCUGCAGCUUUGCAUUGCUGGCCAUCUCCCUCUAAUGCUGUUGCUGAAAUCACCCGGAUACUAAGAAGUGGUGGAAUAUUUGUUGGAAGCACUUUUCUGCGUUACAGUUCAUUAACUCCCUGGUUUAUGCGGCCUUUCAGAGAGAGGACUCCACAAGGCUAUGGCUAUUUAACAGAGGAAGAGAUCAAAGAUCUUUGCACGUCAUGUGGUCUUACCAAUUACUCAAGCAAAAUUCAGCAGGCUUUUAUUAUGAUUACAGCUCAGAAGCCAUAAAACUAGGUUUGAUCCAUUUAUAGCAUUGUUUCUGCUACUGAAAUUUUAUUAAUUUCUUCCAUAUUUAUUGUAUUAUUUGUUUCAUCUGUAAAGAAAUGUAAAUAAACCAGAAAUGAAAAGGUCAAAACCUGAGUUUCUUGUGAAGGUUCACAGGUUGUGAAAUGCAUCAUAUAUCUCCAAAUAUAUGUUUAGUAACAAGUUAAAAAACAUGUAAAUGUAGAUUCAUGGUAGAAUUUUCAACUAGUAGCACCAAGAUAAACGUGGACCUAUGAUUAUUUAAACAUGAGUCCAAACAUGCCAUAACAAUAUAUACAAAUUUUGACAAAUU